GCCGGACGUGGUAGUGACUGGGAGCUUGACGUGGAUGUUCGUGGCUGUUUAAUUUCACGUUUGUGCCGCGCUAACCUUCCUCCAGCGCCUCUACCUUCACCGCUGGGGCCUGACGGGUUAAUUGGUGCAUUGAAAUUCAUGUAAGAGUGUAUAUUUCCAUCAAGGGAAGAGGAGUGACGGUUGUGUUGUCAUCGAACUGAGGCCAAGUUCCUGAACCACUGGAUGGAUUCGCCCGGCUGCCGCGAGGAUAGUUGUCAGUUCUCCCCAUUUUUUUCAAGUCCACUAACUCGUCCCAUUACGAAGCAAAUCGGUGCGGGAUUCCAAGGGUUGACGGGAGCAAUGAGCAACGUUCACUAUUACACUGACAAUGACUAUUACACCCCUGACCAGAACGACGGUGAUAAUGUGAGUAGCGAGCUGAUGGGGGAGGCGUGCGAGACUACAGGAGAGACGAACCCAAAUGGACCUUACGGAGGCUUCAGUGACUAUGAUAACCAACCACGGCGAAGGAAAGGGGAGCCGGAAACACCGAAUCAUGUGUUGCUAAUGACCAUCCUGAACCCUGCUUAUCCUAUCACAGUGGACGUGAUCCACACCAUCUGUCAGCCGUACGGGAACGUUCUGCGCAUCGUGAUCUUCAAGAAAAAUGGAGUGCAGGCCAUGGUGGAAUUUGACGGCAUUGACCCAGCCACACGGGCGCGGGAGGGGCUGCAGGGAGCUGACAUCUACUCCGGCUGCUGCACCCUCAGGAUUGAGUACGCCAAGCCCAGCAAGUUGAACGUGUACAAGAACGAUGCCGAAAGCUGGGACUUUACCAACCCCAACGUGGCCGUGUGCCAAUGUGUGUUCUGUGUGCAGGGAGAGGCGCCCGCACGCCCCCACCUCCAGGAGCCGUCCCCCGGGCCCGUCCCGCCGCCGCCCCCAGACCGCUGCCCCCUGCCCGCCAGGCCCCGCCCCGCUAAGGUAAGCCCUGUGCUCGUCUCUCCCUCCCUCGUCGCUGCCGCCGCCGCCGCCGCCGCCGCCGCCGCCGCCGCCGCCGCCGCCUCCGCCUCCUCCUCCGGCAACGCGGGACAAAGUGUACAAGGGGAGAAGGGGGAGAAGACCCGCAUGAAGGAGCCCCCCAGCAGUAGCAGCACCAGCAGCGGUUCAUCCCGUCCUCCCCUUCUUCAGGAAACCUCGCGGCUUUGGAGGUGGAAUGAAUGGACAGAUGGGCGGUGGCCCUCGUGGCGGCGGGCGGCCCUCUUCAACAGUCCCAUGCCCGACAGGUUUGGCAUCAAUAAUGGUAUGAGUAAUGGUGGCAUCCGUAGUGGCGGUCUGAUGGGCAGCGGCCAGGGGCAGGGCGGACCCUUCAUGGGAGGCGCCGGUGGGCCAGGAGGAGCUUCCUUGUCUGCCAUGGGUCAGCCGCAGCCGGGUCUGCCGCAGCAGGGGGCCGUGCUUAUGGUGUAUGGACUCAACAAGGACAAGAUGAAUGCUGACCGCAUCUUCAACCUUCUGUGUCUCUAUGGCAACAUUGUCAGGAUCAAGUUCCUGAAGACAAAGGAAGGAUGUGCCAUGGUCCAGAUGGGCGAUGCACUGGCUGUGGAGAGAGCUGUGGCCAACCUGAACAACACAACAUUCUUUGGCUGCAAGAUGCAACUUGGGUACUCGAAGCAAGCAUUCCUGGCUGAUGUGCAGCAGCCCUAUGAUCUUCCCGAUGGAACUCCUUCCUUCAAGGACUACAUGGGGAACAAGAACAAUCGCUUCAUCAACCCAGAGAUGGCCUCCAAGAACAGGAUACAGCCUCCCUCCAAGAUUCUGCACUUCUUCAACACUCCUCCAGGACUGAUGGAGGAAACACUGAAGCAGGUCUUCCUAGAGGGGGAAGUUGUAGAGCCUAAAAGCAUCAAACUAUUCCCCUCUAAGACUGAGAGGAGUUCCAGUGGACUUCUGGAAUUCAACAACAUCUCAGAGGCCCUGGAGGCUCUGGUGGUGGGCAACCACGCUCCCAUCCCCAACCCCAACAGCAAGUUCCCAUUCAUCAUGAAGCUGUGCUUCUCCUCCUCGAGACACAUCCCCAACAAGAUGGCUGAGUGAGUGUCGCAUUGGCACGGCGCCACACGGCCGGCUGCUGCCAGUGCCGAGCCGUGGCCUGCAGGGUACACCAGGGUUGUUGGCAGUCAGGCAGGGAGUAACAGGAUUGUCCUAAAUCAAGCUAUAGUUACUUAUGGUCCACAGGCGCAGUAAGUAUAGGGAGUCAUACCGUCACAGUGGGUUGUUUGCACCCCAGAGUGCAGUGCCGCACCGGCUACAGCUGUAGCGGCAAUGGCUGCGUUGCUGCACUCUGGGAUGCAGAGGCAGAUGGCUGCCUCACACAGGUUGAGGGAUGCGCCCCGGGCCUGCGUCCCUCCCCUGCUGGGCCCCCUCGGGGACCUGGACUGCCGGGAACGACCAGUUUCGUUGGUGGCCGUGGGGGCUCUGCCUUGUGAUUCCUACAGGUUGAUCUGACUAGGAAGAAUUGAACAAGUUUCAGCAAUAAAGAGUUUGCAGUUAAUUUAAAGUUUUCUUUUUGUUUUACGGAAGUACGUAAUGUAAACAAUUAAAAUUUCAUCAUUAUUUUUAAUUAUUAAUACGCCAACAGACGUUGGUUCAUCCGGCCCGGGGCCGGCGUCCCUCCCCGAGGCGCCCGGCAGUGUAGGAUAAGUGCAGUAUAAACCCUCCCUGAGUUGGAAGCUUGGGCAGUCUCCCCACUGUCCGUCCUACGCUCUCUUUAUAUCACCGUUAUCAUUAUUCUGAACACGUCACCUGAGGAGGCCUGGGGGCUCCAGUGAGGCCCGACAUGCAGCACAGUGCUGCAGCGUAUUUAGAACCUGAUGGAGAAGUGUGAGUUGGUCUGCAGCUUGCUGGCUGCAGAAUGUCCGUGUGAGGGCUGGCUUCUUCCAGGCAUUGGUGACUGAUAACUGUGGAGCACGUGAGUGCCACACGACUAGGACUGGCCGGCUGUGCCCUCCUGCACUCACAUCGGCGGGGCGGUGCGGCCCUGAGCUGCCCUUGAGGCACUGCCCGCUGGAGCCCCGGGGCCCAUGUGCUCACUCAGUGGAAUGUACAAUACUGUUUAUCAAUAUUGUGUUAUGUUUAUAAACCUAUUCCAUUAUUAGGCACAAUAAUUACUUCUGAACUUACUGUAUUAUACUUAUCAGUUCACUGUAAUCUUUGAUGGUCACUGAGUCUUCAGUGCUAUGUUAAGUCUAGGUCACCAGUUAACUUAUAACAUGGAUCUUACCUGAUAUUAUGGCCGUGUGUGUUACUAUCAUGAUGUAGCUAACUAGGUAACUGGUCUUUGUUGCAAUAAUGGUCAAGGGAUCCACCAUUCAUUAGCCCGCCUGCGUCACUAAGGCUGGUCCUGUCUGUUCUGAAGGGAAUGAUGACAAGCUCUGUAGCACCUGCUUCUGGGGCUCAAUAAUGGCUGAUCUUUUGACAGUAGUCUUACACUGAUGAUGAACCCAUGUAAGUUAGUAGGAGGCAAUGUUAGUGGCAACAAGGAUGAAUUGUUUGGUAAAUGUAGUUGUAAUUGAUCAAGCUUUGGGCCAGAGGGCAGAUGAAUCAACAAGCACCUACAGUUUUGGCUUGUUUCACUGCCCAUCUGUCAGGGCCUCAGUGUUUUUAGAUUAGCAUUUUAAUGCUUUUUCACUUUCUCUUCCUUUCUUAGUUUAUUUUAUCUUAUUUUUAAGUAGACGGUAAAAUGGUGUCGUUAUACUUAGUUGACCUCUUGAGCUGGUGCCCGCCAGCCGCUGCAGGACGUGACAAAAGCUCUGUCAGUCCCUGGUUUAUACUCCUGGUUUGUGCCACACUAUUUGUUUUGCCGCUAACAGUAAUUCAAUAAAGUUUGAGUGACCAAAUUAAAAACAUGCAGACAAGAAGUUCAAGCAAAGCUAUGAAGUGUUCAGUGCAUAUUCUUGCCAACGGGUAAUUGUAGACUUUGAAAUAUUUGAUUUAAGAGAGAAAUUCCUACUCUAAUUCCUAGUCAGCAAAACACAUGGUGUACUUAAUUUAGGGCUUUAAUGAUGACAACAAAUCUAAGUUUAUCAAACAUGACUCUCACUGCAAAGCAGGAAACAAUACAUUACACACGACUUUUCUUGAACUUCCCAUCUACAGACAAGGCUUUCACUGACACACCCCCACCCCACCCGCAGCCAGAGAAACUAGCCUACAGCAGACUACAGAGCCAGACACUGUGGCCCACAGCAGUAUGUAUAAACAAACCCAGCUUAUAUAUAUCUAUAUAUAUAGGCCUUAAUGGUGAUUAUUUAAGUUACUCAAGGCAGGGUUGAGUUAAGAAAUAAAUUUUCUUACAUUUUUAUGUAUAUAGAACAACCCCAAAAACAUUAUUUUUCUGGUACUAUGUUGUAAAUAAUUUUUCAAAGCGGCUUACAUCUUAAAUGAAAAGCAGUGAAUGAUUGAAGCGUGCUCUUUCAAUAUUCACUGAGUUUCCAAGUGAGCGCUUAAUCUUUUGUGGCGUCAAGUGUCAUGUUGCCUCACGACUGUCCUGCGUGUGGCGCCGGGGGCCCGAGCCCCCUCCUGCACUGAGGCGCGCUGCUCUGCCGUGGUGGCUGAGAGUGAACUUGUGUUUUUCAGUAAUUGUAACUUAAUGAUGUGGCUUCUUGGGCCACAACUUAGCUCUUGGUAAGUAUUUAGAUGCAUAGUUGAAGAGAACAAUUGUUAAUUAGAAGUAAUUGGGAGCUUUUAACCUUUUCACAGUGACUUGCUGCCACAGUUGUUGAAAGAAUGUAGUUUAACUUGUUGGGAGUUUGUUUUAGCAUGAGGGAGCGUGCCGUCAGGGCCCCGGGGGGCUCGGAGACUCGGCGCUUAUUUGGAAUGUCUCAAUUUAGAACCGUUCACUCCUUGUUCCCCGUCCUCAGUUUUUAAAAAUCCAACGACAUUCACUCGUUCAUUUCGCAGAAAGAUCUAAACGCAGACUGUGAUUAUGAAAUAUUUGAGAUGAUUGUUUUCUAAAUGUUAAGUCCAUUCGUUGACACGUAGGAACAGAGAACAGUACAAGCUACACAGCACAUGAAAAUACUUAACAGAAACAGAGAAACUCCUGAACAGUCAUACUACAUGCAAUUCUGGAAGACAGAGAGGCCAAGGGUGACAUUGUUCAAACACUCACCACAGACAGGAAUGAAAAUUAACAAGCUUUUUUUUCUAUUUUACGUUUUGUUUCUUUGUUUUGCUAAAAUACUAGCUUCAUGAGGUAUUUAAUUUAUUAAUUCAAGUUCAAAGCCAACUUGGUACAAAGCACGAUUGUACUAAGGUAAAGCAAGCCUGCCAAAUGUGUAGACUCCCGAGGGCUGCUCGCCCCCCCUCACGGCCAGCCCCGCCGGCCCCAGCGGCCCGCCGAGGACCCGCCCCGGCGGGCACCGCAGAGUGAUCUGUAAAUAUUUGAACGAUAAAGUAAGGCCCGCCAUUGUGGGCCUCCAGCGGUGGCGGCAGCCAGGUGGCCUCGGGCCGCAGCAGCCGUGGCCGGCCGGGGCGAGGGCGGGGCUGCGGGCGGCUGCCGCUGGCGUCAGGGAGCGGGGGGCGGGCGGUGCCUCUCUCCUCCGUGCCAAGCGUGGUGUGUCUGGGCCGUGAGUGAGUGCUGUGUAGGCCACGUCCACCUUGGGCUAGGGUCCCCGUGAGGGCCCCAGGGAGCGCGCCCUCGGCCCUCUGCCCCGCCCGGCGGCCCUCGGCCCCAGACUCCGCUCACAAGCAAUACGACCUAACCUCAGGUCCCCCGGCGGCUCCCUGGGGCCGUCCGGACCGCUAGGCUGUCUAAGUGGUUUUAUCUCUGAUGAUAAGUCGUUGAAAUGUCGUUGCAAGAUGUGCUUAAGUAGAGAAUGUUUAUUACUCUUCUUGAAAUCGUCCCAAUAGAGUGAAUCACUUGAUGCAUAUCAUAGCACUAAGGUUUACUGCGCCAGCGGGCCAGUGCCGCUGGGCCGCGCCCGCCGGCCGCCCGCGGCGCCGCGCCCCGUGCCGCGUGAUGUUCCGUCCGAGGGCGGCAGUGACAGUCUCAACUUCUGCGCCGGCCUGCCUGUGAGGCUGGGCGGCGCGGACACUGAGGCAGAGUGGUGGGCGGCGCGGGGCACGGCGUUGGGCCGGCCCGCGGCCCGUCCACGGCCGGCGGCGGCCGCGGCGUGGCCUUGAACCCUCACCAUCCCUUAUUCCAGGAUUGCGGAGUUAUUUUAAAAGCAUAACAAACAUGAUAUUAUUAUUUCCCUUAAUCCAUAUGUUGUUUGUAAGAAUUUUAAGGAAUAAAAUGAAUAAUACUUUAGUAUAAAAGAGAUGA